AUGGCACUUCGCUCAGACAAUUCGAUCUUAUGGCUUGUUUUAGGUCUAUCGCUAGGCUUUGUAGCCGCUCGCCGCAUAGUACGGGAUCUAUAUGAAGUCCGUGAAUUGACAGAGAUCAAACGACCCGAUAACGACGAGAGUGUGAUUAGUAAAGGCACCGAAGAUGCUCUCAAGCUCGAAACGCUCCAAAAACUGACCGAAAGCCCGAGCUAUGAGCUUCGCGGGGCAUCUCUUCGAAUCAUCUCAGAGCGCGCUACGAAAGAGCCUUCUUGGGACAUACUAUUAGAAGACCUCACAAGUAAAAACAAACGACGACGCAACCGAGCUCUCGAUGCUAUUCACUUCCUGUUCGCUAGUCGCACUUUAUCUCGAGUAACUCUCUCUCCCCGCGUGAGAGAGAUAUCCACCUACAAAGCAAUCAUCGACUGUCUCUGCAAUUUCCUCGACGAACACACCAUCGAAUACACAACCACUGAAUCCCCCAUUCUACCCAAAACAAGACCACCAGGCGAAAAGAAAUUGCUCGCAACACUCAACAUCCUCCUCGUCCAGGAUAUCCCCGCCGCUCUAGAAGCCGGUAUCGUUAGUCGGUGGCUCUCGAAAUAUCCAUUUCCGUGCUACCGUAACAAUGACACUGCCAGUGGAGCAAACGGGAAUGAGGUCAAUAGCAACGUUCACAAAUAUCGUCAGAAAGAUAUAUACUGGCUUAUGAAGAUGUACUGGCCGGACGAUACCUUGAUGAGCUCUAUUAUCACGACGCUCGUCGGCGCACCAGACGGAAUUCGACAGUUACGCAAAUAUGGCCUUAUGGGGAGUAUAAUGGAAGAACCCCACGAUAUAGAUGACAAGGGUGACGAUGACGGCGGUCGCGACGAUGAUGAAGACGCAGAUAGUGAUGUGUGGAUGAUAAAUGGCGAGAGUACAGCAGGGAGAAACUGGUCGCCGGAGCGUUUGACGUUGCCGGAUGAGAGUCUUGAGGAACAAGCUCUUAGGAGACGGAGGAGAGAGGCUAUGGUUUUCAGUGAGGAUGGAGGGCCGAUAGGGAGUGAGAAUAUCAUACCUCCUAUUGAAGGCUAA